AAUUUGACAUUUUGAUUCUUGAACUCCGAGGGGUGGAUAGUAAAAUUCAUAUUCUAGUCAAAAUAUGGCAUUGGACUGUGUUUCGAAAGUCCAACUUCAUAUUUCUUGCGAAGGGCUAAAAGACAAAGACGUUUUGUCAAAAUCGGAUCCAAUUUGUGCUGUUUAUAUCUGGGAUGAAAGUCACAAGCAAUGGCGUGAGGUGAGUGAAAUGUGCAGGAAUCACAUGAUAUUUGUCUCAAUUGUCUGUGGUUGUUUUGCUAGUAAAAUGAAGUGGUGUUGAUUUAGAGCAUUUGCUUAGCAAUAAAUGAAACAAUUUUGUGCAAUACACUUAUCAUAGAAGUGCUUUUGAAGUGCACUAUGGCGUAUUAAUAAUAAAAAACGGUGUGAGAAAUUGCAAUAUUUAUUUUACUGUCUGCUACUUCUUUGUUUUCAGUCAAGUUGCUGAAUUAACUCUUGGCCUUUGUAAAUAGGUAGUGGAUGUUUUAUUAACCCAUUAAGUUGCAUUGCACCCCAAUAUGCCCUGCUUUAUUAUUUUACUCAGUCUGCCGCCAAACGAUCUUACUUGUCAAGGGGAGAGUGCAGACGCCCAAUAGACCUUUCCCCUUUCGAGUGAAAUUUUGAUCUAGACAAGUCUGGACAAAAAUUUCACAGCUUGAAAGAGCAUCACAAAAUUAGUAAUAUUCCGAAGUUUCGUUGCGAAAUGUUGUAAAAUGCGGAUAAUGUACAGUAGCCUUGCGAAGUUUGCCGUUCUUCAGUCAUUUUGUAUUACAAACGGGAAAUUGAUAAUCAGAUGAUCAAACUGAUUAUCAAUUUCCUAUUUGUAAUUUACAAAUAGGAAAUUGAUAAUCAGUUUGAUCAUCUGAUUAUCAAUUACAAAUAGGAAAUUGAUAAUCAGUUUGAUCAUCUGAUUAUCAAUUUCCUGUUUUGUGAUGCAAAAUGACUGAAAAACGGCAAACUUCGCAAGGCUAUCUUAUCCGCAUUUUACAACCUUUUUCGCAACGAAACUUCGGAAUAUUACUAAUUUUGUGAUGCUCUUUCAAGCUGUGAUGAAAUUUUUGUCCAGGCAUAUCUAGAUCAAAAUUUCACUCAUAAGGAGACAGGUCUAUUGGUUAUUCUUAGUCGUCCAAUUUUAAUCGGACAAGAACAAAAUGUUUUGGUAUUGUAUGCCGACCAAAACUGCUGGAUUCUGACACUGUACACACAAGGAUUAAUUUAAAUCAGCCGACUAAAAUCACACCAUGUGCACCAGGCUUCAAAUGACGCAAUGAAAAUAAUAGUAAUGACUAUUUCGUUCCAUAAUUUCUUAUUUCAUUCCAUUAGCAAUAGGUUGGUAUUAUGUUACAAUAAUAUACAGUAGUUUUAUACAGUGGAUUUUUCAGACUAAGAUGUCCAACAUCAACCUCGUCCCCAGGGUCUUCCUCGCCAUCACGAGGAAGAUUCUGAGGAAGAGGUUGGACAAUCAUUGGUAAUGUUAAUUAAUUUUAUUAAUACCCUAGUUUGCCCGUACAGAGAAAAUUAUGAACAAUUUAAAUCCCAACUUUACAAAGCCGAUUGAUAUCGACUAUCAGUUUGAGAAAGUUCAGAAACUACAGUUUUCAGUGUUUGAUAUCGACAAUGAGACGAGUGGUUUGGACGAUGAUGACUUCCUCGGACAGAUGGAUUGUAAUCUUGGUCAGGUAAGUAGUGUAUUCUUUGGAGUGUUGUAGGUAGAUUAUUGUAGUAGGUUAUUGGAUGUGCUUUUCAUUUUUGCAAACGGUAUUUCAUUCCUAGAAUACUAUAUGUGCAGUUGCUUGUGUACAAUUUAAAUUAAAGUACUCAAAUUGUCAGUGCCAGUGUAGGUCUUCCUGUUCCCUUCGGUAGAACCACUGAAAAUUUAGACGUUUCGAGCAAAGGCUCAAAUCCGUCUUAUAGUGAACAGCCUUCAUUCGAAAACGUUGAAAUUCUCCUUAUAUAUUGCAUGACUUGCAUCCCUACCAACGAAAGCUUGUUAAUAUUCUAUAGACAGACUUUGACUUGCAAUGGUCUAAAUUUGUCGAUCUUUUGGAUCUUCAGAGAGAAUUAUAUAUAGCAAAUUUCAAAGUCUACAAUUUGGUUGUAAAAAGUAGAAACAAAUGUAAAUUUUGAUUGCUGAAUUGCUGCCCCAAACUAUAUUGGUGCAUUCUCUCAUUCUAGAUUGUAUCCAAUGUUCGAUAUACGCAACCUCUGAAAUUGAAAAGUGGUCGUACUCAUGGAAAGAUUACUGUAUGUUGAGUUUCAGACAUUCAUUUUCAGGGAUCGUCUCCUAUUGGGUGGUACCACACGUUUGCAAAAGCGGACUCAUCCACACGAUCGACACUCCUAAGGGACCGGUCAUAAAGUAACUGCUAGGGUGGGCUGGAGUGAUUUAGGAUGGGCCAUGGAAAAUCUUUGGUUAGUUUUGAUGGGCCGCCAAUUUUUGUUGGUAUGUCCACGGUUGGCCCGGGCCACCAAACAAAAACCCAUGUUAAUAAUUAUAUAUUACAUAAAGAUAUUAAUAAUAAAAGUAAACAAAACUAUCCAAAUCAUCAAAUGCAAAUGUGCUAUUGAAGCCAGUACUUUGUUUUAUACUGUACAACAACAAGAAGUGGUCGAAUCACAGCAAACACAACCAACUGGAGAGCUGCUCAGUAUCGUAACUGGUGAUGAAUGUGUUGGUCAAGCUUGGUGGAAUUACGUAUGUCAAUACAGUGCCGGUGUAUAUUUACAAUCUUCAUACCUGCAAGUUUUUUUAUUGUAAAAUUGUAUUUUCCCAAUUUAGAUUGGGUGGGUGGGUCAUGAAAUAAAUUUGGUAAGAUUAGAUGGGCUUUGAAAUUUUUAUCUACAUCCUAAGAUGGGUCACAAACUUAUUGGCAAAAUUUGUGAUUUACCUCCAGCCCACCCUAGCAGUUACUUUAUGACCAGUCCCUAACUUUGUCUCCGUCUUCGUUCUUUCCUUCCCUCCUCUUGUCCUCUUUAGAACAUCAAUAGACCUUUCCUCUCUUGAGUAAAAUUUUGAUCUAGACAAGUCUGGCCAAAAAUUUCAUCACAGCUUGAAAGAGCAUCACAAAAUUAGUAAUAAUUCGAAGUUUUGUUGCGAAAUGUUGUAAAAUGCGGAUAAUAUAGCCUUGCGAAGUUUGCCGUUUUUCAGUCAUUUUCUAUUACAAAUGGGAAAUUGAUAAUCAGUUUGAUCAUCUGAUUAUCAAUUUCCCCCGCGUAAUGCAAAAUGACUGAAAAACGGCAAACUUCGCAAGGCUAUAUUAUCUGCAUUUUACAACAUUUCACAACUACAACAUUUCACAAUUACUGAUUUUGUGAUGCUCUUUCAAGCUGUGAUGAAAUUUUUGUCCAGGCUUGUCUUGAUCAAAAUUUCACUCAUAAGGGGAAAGGUCUAUUUAUUCACUAUGUAGGUUACUGCUGAGGAAAUUUCUAAAGGUAACGACAGAGUCAACAUGACUAUGAGAGCCCAAAAACUGGACAAAAAGGUACAGUGACUAACUCGAACCAUAUUGUUUUAUUAACCCAUUGAACGGCAGCACUCUCCCCUUGACGAGUAAAAUUGCCUGGCUUUAGACAGAGUAGAAUAUAAUAAAGUACGGUGCAUUGCCACUUAAAAAGUUAAGCCUGUUUUCCACUUCAACUGUAAUGUAUCGUAGCAUUUUCUUUGUGUCGAAGUCAUUUAGUUACACUCUAGUGCUCAGGAAACAAAGAAAUAUACUGCGCUACAGUACGAUAUGCUGUUCAAGUGGAGAACUGGCUUUAACCCAUUAUAAAGCGUCAGCGCUCUCCCCUUGACGAGUAAAAUCGUCUGGCGUUAGAGUAAAAUACUAAAGUAAAGUAGGGUGCAUCAGGGUGCAAUGCAACUCAAUGGGUUAAUGUGCAUGGUGAGCGCAUAGUAAUGGAAUGUUUUUACGAGAAUAUUUUUAUGAUUUCUUUAUCAGGAUUUUCUUGGCAAGUCAGACCCAUAUUUGAUCAUAUCAAGACAGCUACCAGAUGGCAGUUUUGUAUCAGUUCAUAAAACCAAGGUACAUUUGGCAUUUCGCUUUAUUGCUUCAUAAAUUAUGAUCAUAUUAAAUUAGGAAAGUACUCAAAAUAUUUGAAAGUAAAAAGAAAUUAAUAAGUUUCCAAAAUAUAUCUACUAUUUAAUUGUUUAUACUUUUGUAGGUUAUAAAAAAUACUCUUGAUCCAGCCUGGCCUCCAUUUGACUUAACCGUAAAUACGUUAUGUAAUGGAGAUUAUAAUAGACCUAUUAAAGUAAGUGGUUUAAUUAUUUAUUUUAUUGCAAGCUUGUUGAAUUUGAAGUACAACGAUACACAUCGACAAAGAUAAUGUUUCUGAUGUUACCCUGAGUGUACAUCCACACAUUGCAGGCUGAAACGUUUGCCUGACCAACAGACCUUUCCCCUUUUGAGUGAAAUUUUGAUCUAGACAAGUCUGGACAAAAAUCUCAUCACAGCUUGAAAGAGCAUCACAAAAUUAAUAUUCAUUUUGUAUUACAAAUGGGAAAUUGAUAAUCGGAUGAUCAAACUGAUUAUCAAUUUCCUGUUUGUAGCAAAAUGACUGAAAAACGGCAAACUUCGCAAGGCUAUAUUAUCCGCAUUUUACAACAUUUCGCAACGAAACUUCGGAAUAUUACUAAUUUUGUGAUGCUCUUUCAAGCUGUGAUGAAAUUUUUGUCCAGGCUACUCUAGAUCAAAAUUUCACUCAUAAGGGAAAAGGUCUACUAAGCUACGAGGUCAAGUCGGUUCGAAUGUGUAGUGUAUCGGAACUAAGUCUAGUACCUUCGAUACCAAUGUGUUCUUAUGAUCAUGAUAUUUUUUGUGUGUUUUUGAUCAAAAACGCACACAAAAAUAUGAAUAUUAUGUUUAGUUUGAUUGUUAUGACUGGGACAGUGACGGGAGCGAUGACUUGAUUGGAUCUUUCACAACUACUUUUAAUGAAAUGUUAAAAGCGAAUGAAAGAGAGGUAUGUAACAUUAAAUCUCAUUUAUUGCAGUAGAUAUUGUCAAGAAUUGCUUGACCUUAUCAAGGCUGGAUUUUGGUGGAAAUAGUGGGGGAGGUGCAGUGGUUUAGCUCACGAUCCCCAUGGAAAGUUAGGGCUUAGGACGGGCCAAAGUCAACGAUGUGACGUAUGCAUGUAGUGUACAUAUGUAUCAGUGUAUUAAUGAAUUAUGACUGUACAACUCACCCAAUUUCGCCCUUCAUUACAAUUACUACAAAGUUUCUUUCAAAACAUUGCAUUAAAAGGGUACUUGAUACAGAGAUGAAUGGCUAUCACUGUUUCAAUUUUACAGAAAAAACGUUCUUACGAAGUGUGGACCCUAAGCAACCAAAGAAUGUCAAAUUUUCACUUUGAUCUAUCAUUGAAACUUCCCCAAGGGGAGGUGCAUGAUGUUUCAGGGGAGGUGCAAAAAUUCUCAGGGGAGGUGCAAAACGAUCUUAGGGGAGGUGCGCAUCUCCCCACACCUCCCCCAGGAGGUGCGCACCUCCCCACACCUCCCCUCAAAAUCCGCCGAUGCUGCUAUUAAUAAUUCUAAACUGUAUGUAAAACCUCUUCUUAGGUUUCGUGGCCAUGUAUUAACCCAAAGAAACAGAAAAAGAGAAAUUAUACAAACUCUGGGGUUGUCUAUCUCAGUAACUGCAAGGUAAAGUUCGCCCAAUUAGCCAUUUCGAAGUUGAUGAGUGGACUGGGGACGGGUGUUAAAAGGGGCCCAAAUUAAGAAAUGAACCAAAUCACUAAAAAGACCACCUCAAAAUUAGUAAGUAUACAAUGUUUGAAGACGUUUACGUGAAUACCUUCGAAUAAUAAGCUUUCGAAAAUCGCGAUAUUUACUAUGAAAUGUAUUGUAAUGUUUGUUUUGGGGACGCGCGUCCCAAAAACAGUCUUUUAAUCAGUAAUUUCACAAUUUUCGAAAGCUUAUUAUUCGAAGGAUAUUCAUGUAAACGUCUUCAAACUUUGUAUACUUACUAAUUUUGAGGUGGUCUUUUUAGUUAUUUGGUUCAUUUCUUAACACUCGUCUCCAGUCCACUCAUCAACUUCGGAAUGGCUAAUAAGUUAACUAGAGGCCAUUCAAAGACUGCAAAUCAAUUACAGGUCUCACUGCUCGUUGUUGAGAAAAAAUCAUCUGAUGUUAGACAGACUGAGAAAAAUCAUGUGAUGUUUGACAGACUAAAAUAGAUUAGGGUGCAUUUGGGCGCAUCGCAGCAUAAUGGAUAGGAGUGUUUAAUGUUUAUUAUGACUGUAGAUUGACAGUUUUGUUAUUUAGGUAACGCACGUGUAUUCAUUCCUGGAUUACAUCAUGGGAGGAUGUCAAAUCAAUUUUACAGUAAGUAUCUUACUUUAAUUAUUAUAUGGACAGUGGUGUUUUACUGGAAACUAAAACACUCGUAGAACUGAUACGUCACUACAUCCGGGACCUGAUGCGCGUAUUUUCCGCAUCUUGUGAGUGACAUAUACGAAGUUCGAAAAUUUCCCGCCAUCUUCAUUCAUUGUUGUUGUUUUGACUUUUGAAAAUACAAAUGGUCUUUGGUUCGUACAAAACGAAAUUAACGUUGGAAAUAAAACGAAAAUAUUUAAAAGACAUCUUGAGAUAAGUAAAUCUAGGUCCAUUAACCGUGGUAAAAUUUAUUCUAGUUUUAUGUUUGCGCUCUAAUUUUAAAACAUGUCUCAUUUAUACUGGUCUUUCGCGUGCUUAUUUACAUGUCGUCUUUGUGUGUAUUUUUGUCACUUUGAAUAAAUCCAUAUAAUAAACAGAACAUUAACGGUUGCGAGAAGAUAUGAAUUUAUGUUCUCGUGUCAAAAACAAUACCUCACUCGUUCACUGCGCUCACUCGGACAUAAAAUCUAGGGAAAGUUUUUUUGACCGAUCAAAGUCCUUGUGCAAGAAUAAAUAGUGUUUUUUUUUUCCAACGUGUUUCUCCUUAGAUGCAAACAACGGUAGCUUGGUUUUGUACAUUUCAUUUCCGGUGAAUGAACACGGAUGCACACCGAUUACACUUUGUUUUGUACAUUUCAUUUCAGUGAAUACACACCCAAUAUGAAUGAAACGCUAUACAUUUUGAGAAAAUAGUUAAUGGGAAAAAAUAAAUAAAAAGUUUGUUUGCGAUGUUACUCUGAGUGCAUAUCCCAUCGUGGCCGGGCAUAUUUUUCAAGCUCGCCCGGUGUGGAUAUGCACUCAGAGUAACAUCGCAAACAUAUUAUUCACCUGAGUACACAACACCACCACAGAAAAAUUCAUAUUACUAGAACACAUUGGUAUUGAAGGAACUAGAUGCUGUUCCGAAAUAUCACUUACUCGAACCGUCCUGACCGCGUAGCUCAGUUGGAAGAGCAUUGGGCUAGUAUUCCAAAGGUCGUAGGUUCGAAUCCUACCAUGGCCGGGCAUAUUUUUCAAGCUCGCCCAGUGUGGAUAUGCACUCAGAGUAACAUCGCAAACAUAUUAUUCACCUGAGUACACAACACCAACACAGAAAAAUUCAAAUAAAAAGUUCUUUGAAAUAAUAAUAUAAAAUCAAACGCAAUGCACUUUCUCAUCAGAAAAAAUGAAAAUCUUCCAGUAGACCCAGUUGGGAAAGCCCCUUGGCUACUUCAAUUGGGAAGAGUCCGUCAAACGGACAGUAUAUGGGCUAGCUAACACCCUGCUCCGUCUAAUAUCUUCUACAUGUAUAGGUCCCUGACGUUUCCUAUUUUGGUCAUUAUAGGUUGGCAUUGAUUUUACAGCGUCCAACGGUCACCCAAGUCAACCCACUUCUCUGCACUACAUCAAUCCCUAUCAACCAAAUGAAUACAUCAAAGCUCUCACUGCUGUCGGUGAGAUUUGUCAAGAUUAUGAUACGUAAGUAGAGCCAUUGUAUUUACCAUUCCGAGGGUGAUGAGGAGACUGGAAUCUAAUGGUGAAAAGUAGCAAAUUGAAAAAAAAUAACUUUAUACCAAAGGAAAGACCAGCUCAAAAUUAAUUGAUCCAGUGUUACUACAGGAGGAAACCUAAACUAAACUAACUUUAUAAAUACUGGAUAGCUCUAUCAGUUCUAAACUGUUCUUCCUAGAUGUCCAGUAAUAAGAUCGUCUUUUAUUGAUCCAGUGUUACUAUAGGAGGAAAACUAAACUAAAUUACUUUAUUUAUACUGGAUAGGUCUAUCAGUUUGAAACUGUUUUCCCUAGAGAUCCAGUAAUAGUAGGAUCAUCUCUUAUUGAUCCAGUAUUACUACAGGAGGAAACCUAAACUAAAUUAACUUAUUUAUACUGGAUAGUUCUAUCAGUUCUAAACCGUUCUUCCUAGAGGUCCAGUAGGGAUCAUCUCUUAUUGAUCCAGUGUUACUACAGGAGGAAACCUAAACUAAACUGACUUUAUUUAUACUGGAUAGCUCUAUCAGUUCUAAACUGUUCUUCCUAGUGGUCCAGUAAGGAUCAUCUCUUAUUGACCCAGUGUUACUACAGGAGGAAACCUAAACUAUAAACUAAUUUCAUUUAUGUCAUUUAUUGCAGUGAUAAAUUGUUUCCAGCGUUUGGAUUUGGUGCAAUGCUACCGCCUGAUAUGCAGGUGAUGACAUGAUUUAAUUAAGAUAGUAUGCAAGUAAGAGAAUCAACAUCAUGCUGUUUUAUUUCGUUUCCUGCAUAUAGGUUUCUCACGAAUUUGCUCUUAAUUUUAAUCCCACCAAUCCGUACUGUCAAGGUAAGAUAAUCUUUGCAGUUUUGAUGCAAUAUUACUGGAGCAGUAUAUGGUCACAGAAUAGGGUACACAGAAGGUCGACUCGAGUAACCGCUUCCACGCCGUGAUUCAUCAUCAAAAUGCUGACGCCAUGGUCCUAGCCAGUGCGCGUUUGAGAGGCAUUCCCCCUGGACAUCCGCCAUUUUGAAUAUUAUCAGGGGGGUGAAUGCCUCUCAAACGCGCACUGGCUAGGACCAUGGCGUCAGCAUUUGAUGACGAAUUACGGUUUACGCCCAAAUCAUUGGAAAAUCAUAGGAAAAACCAAGAAGUCGGCCUUCUUUGUACCUUAUUCUGUGGCAUGGUGUUCUGGCCUGUGUUCACUGCAAUUGAGGUUCCAGAAAUUGCAGUGUUUUCAAGAAAAAAACAAUUCAAAGCAUUUGCUCAAUAAAUUGUAAUAUAACAUAAAAAUAAACAACUUAUAUAUAACAAGUUAUAAAAUGAAGUAAAGACAUCUAAAUAUAUUCUGAAAUAAAAUUAUGAAAAAAGACAUGUCUUUGUUUGUUCUCAGCAAAAAAAAAAAGAAAUCUUUCUUCGGCAGUCAUUUCGUUAUUUUCCCACAGAAAAUGUUUAUCUUGCAGUCGCAGAAAUUAUAAAAUAUUUUUUCCAUCCCUAAAACAUAGCUUGAUUUUUCAGGAGUUCAAGGAGUGGUCGCGGCCUAUCAGAAUGCAAUCAGUCAAGUCAAACUCUAUGGCCCGACUAAUGCCUCGCCUAUCAUAAAUCACGUCGCAAAAUUUGCUGAAGAAGCCUCUCGAGAAAACACAGCCUCGGUAAAUGUGUUUCACCUCAACUGAGCUAAAUUUAGUUUUAAGUUCUAGUUAAAACACGAGCAGCUGAUCUUUAUCUGAUAUAGCUACAAACUCGAACCGAAGGCGAGAGUUUGUAUAUCAGAUAAAGAUCGGAUGCGAAUGUUUUAACUAGAACUUAAAACUAAAUUUAGCUCAGUUGAGGUGAAACACAAAAAACGACCUAUAUCUUUUGAGUUCAUUGGCGAAGUAAUUUUAAAAAUAAACAUUGUCUAAGCCGAGAAAAUCAAAGCUGAAGUUUAUGUAAAUCAGGACAAAUCUGUAUCCAAUUUACAAACAUUGAUUAAACAUUCAUUUCUUUUGAAUUUUCUUCGUGAAUUAUUAAUGAGUAUUUUAAAUAGGACGAACACAUCACACUAGUACUCAUGGAUUUACACUGGUUACCAGUAGAGCAGCAUAUCAUAUGUAUAAGAUACUGUUAUUAACAUACAAAUCGCUGAAUGGAAUGGCACCGAAGUAUCAGAGCGAUCUUCAUCGUUAUAAUCCAACGAGACUACUUAGGUCAACAUCAAAACAUCAGCUCAUUCCAGCUAAAGUUAAUCGUAUUAAAAGCUUUGGCGAAAGAUCUUUCAAAUCUGCCUCCCCAAGACUAAAUGUAAUUUCUACUUAUCUAUUUUACCAAACUUGUAAAGCGCCGUUGAGCUUCGGGAAAUGGCGCUAUAUAAAAUAUAUUAAAUUAUUAUUAUUAAUUAUAAUAUUGUUUUGGAAUGGUUUCAUCAAUUGCAAAAUUUAUUUUUUUACUUUUCAGAAUUAUUUUGUACUUUUACUGCUAACAGAUGGUGUGCUAUCAGAUAUGUCAUAUACAAUCGAUGCUAUCGUGAGAGCAUCUCAUUAUCCGUUAUCAAUCAUUAUAGUUGGUGUCGGAGCUGCAAACUUCACUGAUAUGAACACCUUGGAUUGUGACGACGGAAGGUACACUACUGUAUAAAACGAAAACCACCGAUCUUGUUUUGGGCCGGCGAACGGUGAAUUUCGCCGGCGCUAUUAGAAGACAUUUGACAUGCAGCCAUUCGUCAGAGGCUGUGUGUAAUUCGCCGGUACUUGCAAUCAUGACAAGCUGAAAUUUUUAGCCCGAUCUUGCACUCGGACAAUAUACAUGUACCAAAUAGACAAAGCUUGCAAGCCUUUGCCCAGGGGCGUCGCUAGACCUCUUUGAAUGGGGGUCACAUUUUAUUCCGGAACCACUAAAAAAUUUUCGCUCAACAAAAACAAUUUCCUCAUAAAUCCGAAACACGGUUAGAGUCUAGCAGACAUUGCCGAAUUCAGAUAAUGGGUAAAGACACCCUCCCCCAACUGCCUUUGCCCACCACUGUGCUCACAGCGCCCUUGAAGCUUCGACCUUCCAUACUUUGCAUACUCGCUUUGCUCAUCAGUUAAUAACCGGAGCCUCAAUAUAGAGCAAAACAGUAUUAGCCAUACCCAAAUUAUUAUUAGCCAGGACGGAUACCUGAAGGGCUGGAAAACCGGCAAAGUUUAUAGCCAUAGUGAUCAAGUAUACAGGAUGAAACUGUUGAUUGAUUAUGAUUGUGAUUAUUCAGCCUACUCAUAAGGCGUAAAAAAAUACCUGUGGUUCCGGUUCCCGACCGACCCUAUUUUUUUCUGCCGACCCUGUUAUUUUUUCAACGCGAUUGACUGCGCGACCCUAUUUUCUCCAGGUGGUUGCGGGCUGCUCAUGCAGCGUGCCAAAAUGGCGUCUGUUGCCAUACUAAUUAUUGAACCAAAUUGCCUAAAUUUGUCCAUAGGAAAUACGCAUCUCUAUUUAAUAUUGAUGUCGGGACUCUACUGCAAAUCACCCAGCAAAAAACCGCCAAAACCAUGGAAAAAAAUUAAAAAUAUUUUUUUCCCGACCUACCGACCCUAAUUUUUUCACGAUAUGAAACCGGAACCACAGGUAUUUUUUUUACGUCUAACGGGGCUUUUCAAUGACCGAUUACAUCGAGUAUUACGCUUACUUAUAUAUUACCUACAAAGCCUAGACUAUUUUAUUUUUACAACAAUUGUGAUAUUACUUUCCUAACUAUGUUUAUCCUAACCCCCCUGUCAACUUUCCCUUUUGGCAGAGCGUUGACACUCCUCACAUGAGUCCAUAGCGAGAAUCCACGAACUAAUUCCUUUGCGCAUUUCCAGGUUAAGAUCCCGUAGUGGUGUCGCAGCCAGAGAUAUUGUUCAGUUUGUACCUUUUCGUGAAUUUGCUAAU